UGAGGCCUCAGAGCAGUGCAAAGGAGCAAGCAGCCUUGGUCAUAGCAGGAGCAUUACGAUCUCCCCUACAUUUUCUCUGCUAGAGCGAUCCCAGAGGCGUCUCCACGACUUCGCAGGUCUUCCAGCACCUUUUCCCAUCAUCUAGGGCUGCAAAAGGCUCUACCCUGGCUCAUAGCCCCCAACCCUCCAACUCCUCUAACUAAGGCUUGAGUACAUACCCCUGCUAUGGGCUACUGAGAACUUGCCUAUAUCUCUUCCAUCCCGCCCCUUCCCUUCUUUCUACUUUCUCUCCCAUCUUCGAACUCCCCAUCUAGUGGGUCCCCUGCCCCACGGUCAACUCUACAGAGAAUUGAUUGGUUCAAUUCUCAAGCGCACCCAGCUAUCUGAGAGCCAGAUCACAAGACUGGAUGUCGUUUGCGUUUCCUGCCGCCCUGGACCACAUAUCUUUGUGAGCAGGUCGGGCCAAGGUACGGGUUGAACAGAGGGGAGACCCAAGGCGCACACCAUGGCCGAACUUCAGGCAGCCCUUGCGCCGGGGGACUGGGAGAUAGACGUGGAGAGCUUGGAGCUAGAGGAAGAGCGCCAGGGAGCGCAGAUGCCGCCGUCGUCGCUGCUGCCUCCGCAGCUUCCCCGGCCGCGUGGGUCCGGCUCCCUGCCAGCAGGAGGGGAAGGGGAAGACGAGGAAGAGGACGAAGACGAGGAAGAGGAGGAAGAUGAAGGAGAGGAAGAAGGAGAAGGGGAAGACGAAGGGCCAUCCCCGGGGACGCCAGACCCACCCCAGCAGCGGGAGCAACUGAAGGAGCAGGGCCCAGAGCCGCGGCCACUGCCGCCCCAGCAGCCCCUGCAGGAGCAGCUUGAGGCGGCAGGACAGGCCGAGCGAGGGGGUAGCUGUGCCAGAGGCGGGGGCGAGCAGAGGAAGCUAAGCCGCACGCCCAAGUGCGCCCGCUGCCGAAACCACGGCGUGGUGUCCUGCCUGAAGGGCCACAAGCGCUUCUGUCGCUGGCGGGACUGCCAGUGUGCCAACUGCUUGCUGGUAGUGGAGAGACAGCGGGUCAUGGCGGCGCAGGUGGCACUGCGGAGGCAGCAGGCCACCGAGGACAAGAAAGGGCUCUCUGGGAAACAGAAUAAUUUUGAACGCAAAGCAGUCUACCAGAGACAAGUCCGGGCACCCAGUUUGCUGGCCAAAAGCAUUUUGGAAGGCUACCGCCCCAUUCCAACAGAGACUUACUUGGGAGGGACUUCCCCUCUGCCUCCCCCUGUGAGUGACAGGAUGAGAAAAAGACGAGCAUUUGCCGAUAAAGAACUAGAGAACAUUAUGCUAGAGAGAGAAUUUAAAGAGAGAGAGAUGAUGGAAGCUACUCAAGCUGCCGCCUUGUUUCUGCCUAACCGCAUGGUGCACGGACCUGAAUAUAACACCUAUAAAACUGCCUAUAGCCCAACUCCAGUGGAAACUCCGAGCAAGGACUUUUGCAAUUUUUUGCCUACCUGUCUUGAUCUGACUAUGCAGUAUUCUGGAUCUGGGAACAUGGAACUGAUUUCUUCUAACGUCAGUGUGGCCACUACCUACCGGCAGUACCCUUUGUCUUCCCGGCUCUUAGUCUGGCCCAAGUGUGGCCCCAUUAGCGAUGCUCUUCUUUACCAACAGUGCCUACUAAAUGCAACCACUUCAGUACAAACUCUGAAACCUGGGGCCAACUGGGACUCUAAGGUGUCCCAAGGUCAAGAGGGACAAAAUGUAGAACAGAGCAUGAUGUCACCCAAAAUGGAGAACUCUCCAUUGUUGCCUCACACUCAUGAGAUCCAAACCUCCAGAAAUGAAAUUCAGUGUGCCCUUCAGGAAGUUCGUGAAAGAUCAGCUUUCUCCCCUCCCAAAAGACAUUUUUCACAGAUCUCUCAGAAGGACUCUGUGUCUCCUCAAGAGCAUGUCUUAAACAAGAUCAGCAAAGAAAGCAGUAGGCACCCUCUGCCACUCAAAUAUAAUCCAUUCCACUCAUUAUUUCAGCAAACACUUAAUGACAAAUCAGGACCUGAGUUAAAAACACCAUUUGUCAAAGAAUCCUUUGAAGAGGCAGUUAAGAAACGUAGAGAGUGCUCAGUCAAAGAGAACCAGAAAUACAAAUUUACAAUAGACAGAUAUGCGAAAGACUUUUUUGCAGCCAAACAAGUUGGAGCGAAACUUUCCACAAAUGAACCUCUGUCAUUUUCUGUUGAGUCUAUUCUUAAGAGGCCUUCAUCUGCUGUCACUCAUGUCUCUCAAUGAACUACUGCUUAAAAGGGAGACUUUAAACUUCUGGCAUCUUGCAGAACUUUUGCCAGCUAUUAACUAUUUUUAAUGAAAAAAAAUGUACAGAGGAACUGAUGAUGUAAAUGAUGAUUUUAAAAUGUGUUCAUAUGUAUGCAUGUGUCUUUUCCCAUUCAAAUAAACAUAUUUAAAUCUAAAGACUAGAUUGCACCUAGAUGCAAACUGUAAAGUGCUAUGCUUUACACAGCAUUUCAAAAACAACAAUAAAAAUGAAAUUGCAAUGAACAGAUCCAGUUGCUGAAAUAACUAAGGCUGUCUGCCUAGAUAAAUAGGAAGCUUCAUCUGUUCGUGUGAUAGAAAUGAUUAAGUCAGCUAAAUGCUGAAACACCCUAGAGAGUAAGUCAAAAUGAUCUUUCUUUUAAUUCUGUAUUUUGAAAGUCUUGGGUAAACUUUGGUGAUUUGGGGAAAAUGGCAAAAAUGCUCUGAAGAAGAACACAAGGAUUAUCGAAACUCUCCAGAUCACAUACUUCUAGGCUAUCUGAAACUCAAGAUAGUUAAAAAUGAUCAUAGGAUCAUAAAGUUUAGAACUGGAAGGG